UCUGCGCUACUGUGUAAAUGAUGCCGUACCGACUACCAGGCUAGAGUAGGAGACGCUCACGUGCAUCUCAUGGCGCACACUCGAUCACGUUACCAUCGACAUUGGGCGCGCGGGAUAACGCUGCUCUCCAACCCACCGUCGCUAUCGGCUCACCCUAGCACGCUUUCCCUCGCACCCGCAACGUUGAUUGGCAACUCCAGAAUUGUUUACUUGUGCUGGCAAUACUGUCCGAAUAAAGUUGGUUUCGAAAUCAAAGGCCACCGUGGCACUAUCGCUCGGUGCCGUGCUCAAAUUUCUCGGUCGAUUGUGGCAUCGAAUCGAGGUGUUUCCUGGAAACUGAAAUUUUCCUCGCACCCGAUCACCUCGUUUUCAUCUGUGUCAAGGAUUUCUGCGAUAAAAUCGCGAAAAUAAAACUGCGCUGUGUGUGCAAAAGCGCGGCUUGCUCAGCAAGCAGGACCACGUUUUUAUUUUAAUAUAUGGAACCUUUCAAGCGUGCCGGAUGUGGAAGGAAGCCAAGUGUUUGUGCGGAAUGGGCGUCUCUGAAAGUUGCGAGCACAUGGACGCGGCAUUGAUCCACUGCUACAGGUCGGCAAGUUACGAGAGUGCACGGUUGGGUGAGAGCCGUAAUGACGUCACGUCGGCAAGUUACGAGAGUGCACGGUUGGGUGAGAGCCGUAAUGACGUCACUGACGUCUUAGAUCGGCAGACACACCUUUCACGCUCAAGCAACUGGGUACGCCAAACGGGAGGUCUGCUCACCGCUCUUCCCUCACGUUGAGCGCGAGUCCUUCGUGCGCGUUCGAGCAGGUCGCAAGCCCUAAACACAGUCAGAUUAGAGAAAAAACGCUGCCAUCUGCAGCGCGCCACCGUUUCCAUAGUCACGGCCACACCAAGCACUGACAGCCGUAACAUUCUGUUGAAGAACGGCGAAGGAAUCGCGCCUAACUACGUCGUACUCUAUUUUUGUUUAUUGGAAAAGGAGCAAUUAGGCCUGCGCCAACGUCAUCUUUCAUCCGUAGUCCACUGGUCUCCAUCACGGACCGACGUCAGAAAACGCCGGCAGAAAAUCUAACCUAUGGAGCACUUCUACGGUCGAAUAGCAGUGCUGCUGAAAAGCUGCUGUGGCAUGGUCGAGAAUCGUUUCACCCUCUCCACUUCUCACCGACAAGUAGCGCCGCAGCUGAAGGAAGCAACUGACUGUUUCAUGAUAAGAAAUUUCAAGCCGUACCGCCGCUUGUUGCGCUUCUUCGGGUGCUUCUUCGUACAGGGCCUCACCGAAGAUGCCUACCCGAGGGCCCGUGUAACGUGGUGGACAUCUUACACUCUCUAUUCUCUGGCGUGGUUUUCGUCGAUGGCCUACAUAGAAAGCGAGUAUAUGGCAGCAGCCGUCUACGGUAUCAUGACCGGCGAGUUGGUCCAGUCCGUCGCGGCAUUUCUAAAGAUGUCCGUGGUGACGAACGUCUUCAUCAACAUCGCCUCCAUGACGCUCGGCACCAGGCGUCUGCUGGAGUUCUUCCGCAACUGCGCAAGGUACGAGAAGUCCGCGAAAUUUCCGUCCCCGGCAUCGCGCGGAUCCCGGAGGCCACGCUGUCACAUCAGGCUAAUCAGGACCGUCGGUCUUACGGCUGUCGUCACGGCGUACGGCACCAUAUUAGCGGUCUACUACGGGCCUCGAGGAACCCGAGCUCAAUGGAGCGCGUUCAGCAAGGCCGUUGGCGUGGCGUCGCUGGCGGUGAGCAUGUUCUACGAGUGGAUCGUGUACCUCACGCUGAGUUCCACCUGCGAGGUCCUCGCCCUGUACGCACGCGACCAGAGGGCAGUCUUCGAGGAGAGCCGCCGCGAGGACGCCAGCGCCUCUUCCGGGACUGUCGGCGAGAUGGCGACGACCGGUCCCAGACCGUCGCCCUCGUGGACGGUCGAAUCGGUACGCGUCAACUUGACCCGGAUAAGAGAGCUCAAGACGUCCAUCAACGACAUCUGGGGCGUGGCACUCGCCUUCAGUGCGGUGACCACGCUGCUCGCGAAAUGCUCCGCUCUGCAUCAACUCAUCAAUUCGGGUGGCCACGGCGUUGCGGCGCUCCUAAUGUCCCUCCAGGCGAUACACAGCGCGACGCGGUUCUACGAGCUCGCCUUCAUCAGCCAAUCCUUGCGUGACGAAGCUAACGACGUAAAGGAAUCUGCCAAGGCUGCGACCAUGCUAGAAGCCGAUGAUUCGUACAGCAAGCAGGUACUCUUCUUGCAAGACAGCAUCGAUCCGGACGAGAUGUGCCUCAGUGGCGCAGCCUUCUUUCGGCUUGGUAAACCUCUCAUAAUUUCGAUGAUGGGCGCCGUCAUCACCUACACGGUCAUCCUAACUCAGACAGGGCAAAGUUUGACCCAACAAACAAACGAGAACGUCACAUCCACUGCACCCUGAAGAGCAGUCUCGCUCUGAAACAACAAACAUGUCGCGGCUUCUUAAAAGAAGACCUUGUAGUUAGCCGGCACGCCAAGCGCUUCUCAAUAAACUGCCUAACGCACACCUAUUGAGUUUCCUCAGGCAAAAUUUUCACGCACUUAGAUUGUUUGUCUUUUUCCCGAUGACUGUUUACCACUGGCUAACAGCGGUUAUAAAGUUAUCGCUCAGCACAAGACGCGCCUUCGUGUAUUGGAACUUUCUCGAAUGUUGUCACCAAUUCUUAGCGAAGGCUCCUUGUCUAAUCAAACUGCAUGCGCCACAGGAAUAGUGAUGCACAUUCUGUAACAUCCACGAGCACCAUCGAUUGCGCUGGAAUGCACGAUGAAUCGCGUAUAAACUGCCGACGCAUAUCAGAUUUCGACAACUGACGAUUUUGCUCUCCACUAUCGUUGUGCUCUCGGUGUUACUU